CUUCGAUAUUGAAGUACUUUGUAGAGAGUUGGUGACCACCGUGAAUGACAGCAGUGGCAGUCUUCCUCACGCUUCUGAGUUCCGAAUGCUGAACAGCCCCAGGUUUCAUCCGGAAAAGGAGGUCACAGCCUUGUCGGAAAAAGAGUGGCACCAACAGGUUUGCAGACCUAUAGCGUUGACCAGACAACGGCGAGUGAUACUACCUGUACAACCUUGAAAGACUCUUCACAGGCAUCCCCACGUCAACAGAUUGACAAUCGAGCCGGAUGACUCGAGUUCAUGCAGCCAAGCACUCCAGGUACAAUGGAUAAGGUACCUGGUAUACAGUAUCUCCCACGAAUGCGGGGUCUCCACAGCUGGACUCGCCGACUGGUUCAAUACUUCAUGGGGGUCUCAAAGCACGACAUCCUCUCCGCAUCUCUUCGCAUUGUCCUGCUUGCCUCGGUAACAUGGCCUGACCUCCCUUGGCUUCAUGCCCCUUGAACAGGGAGCUGAAAAGCUGUCCAUCCUCUGGAACAAAUCUUCGCAUAGGUCGCUAAGAACAGGUAACGGCAUAGUCGAGAGUCAUGAAGCAGACACAUUUCGACGCGCUGAUCGUGGGCGCCGGCUUUGGAGGAAUCUACCAACUCCACAAACUGCUGGCGCAAGGGCUUUCGGUGAAGGUGAUAGACGCUGCUGGCGAUGUCGGGGGGACGUGGUAUUGGAACCGAUACCCUGGGGCCAUGUCGGACACCGAAUCAUACAUCUACCGAUAUAGCUGGGACAAAGAAGAUCUGCUCAGCUACCAUUGGAAAGAACAUUAUCUGAAACAGCCCGAAGUGCUGGCCUAUCUGCAACAUGUGGUCGAUCGAUAUGUUCUGCGCAAGUACAUGCAGUUCAACACCGAACUCGAACAUGCCCACUACGACGAGGCCAAAAAUGUCUGGGUCGUAGAGUGUUCGACCGGCGACACCUUCACGGCCCGGUACCUGGUGACCGCCUUGGGACUGCUCUCAAAGACCAAUUACCCCAACAUUGCCGGCAUUGAGACUUUCAAGGGCGAAAUGUACCAUACAGGGAAAUGGCCACACGCGCACGACUUUAGAGAGAAACGAGUCGGUAUUGUCGGCAAUGGAUCCACCGGCGUGCAGGUCAUCACAGCCAUCGCCAAAGACGUGCGACAACUGGUCUCGUUCCAACGCACCCCACAAUACAGCGUGCCCAGUGGCGACGGGCCCGUAACACAGGAAUAUCGCGAUUCCAUCAACAGUCGCUAUGACGAGAUCUGGGACCAAGUCCGGAACAGCGCCGUGGCAUUUGGCUUCGAAGAGUCCACGACCCCAGCCAUGAGCGUGUCCGCGGAGGAACGAGAGAAGAAGUUCGAAGAGGCGUGGCAGCGUGGCAACGGGUUUCGAUUCAUGUUUUGGACCUUCAGCGACCUGUCGGUCAACGAAGAGGCGAAUGAGGAGGCUUGUAAAUUCAUCCGCAAGAAGAUCAGCCAGAUUGUCAAAGACCCAGAGAAGGCCAGGAAGCUGACGCCGCAUGAUUUCUAUGCUCGCCGCCCACUGUGCGACGCAGGGUACUACGAACAAUUCAACCGCCCCAAUGUCGAUAUCGUCAGCCUCAAAGAAAAUCCGAUAGACCGUGUCACAGAGAAAGGCGUUGCCAUGUCGGACGGGACGCAUUAUGAUUUGGACGUUCUUAUAUUCGCGACAGGGUUCGACGCGGUGGAUGGCAAUUAUACUCGCAUUGCGAUCAAGGGCCGCAAUGGCGAGAGCCUGAAAGAUCAUUGGGACAAGAAAGGCGGACCGACCACUCAUUUGGGCGUCUGCGUGCCAGGCUUCCCGAAUCUGUUUAUGAUCACGGGUCCGAACAGUCCCUUUACCAACAUCCCGCCCACACUUGAGACACAGGUCGAGUUCAUCGCCGACACUAUCGCCAGGGCCGAGGAGCAUUACCGUGCGAAGAAUCCAGAGACUAACAGUCCCACGAAUGACUCACCUGCUGCAUUGGGACCGGUUAUAGAAGCACUCCCUGAUGCCGAGGAUGACUGGACGCAGUUGUGCAAGGAGCUGAGCGACAACAGCCUUUUCAAGAAGACAGACUCUUGGAUCUUCGGGGCCAAUAUCCCGGGCAAAAGGCACACUGUGAUGUUCUACUUCGGCGGUUUGGCCGCGUACCGCAAGGUCUUGCGUGAGGUGGUUGACGCUGGGUAUCGUGGAUUUAAGCCAUUUUGAUGGCCGGUACCGCCAGGGACGGACGACGGCUUGGAUGUUUGGGGCGGGAGCACUCUAUGUUUGGGAUUCGUGCUUCAGUUCGAUCGUGUCUUGACUUAUGGUAAUUUGAAUCCAUCCAAAAAAAGGGACGUUUCGUUUUCACUGUCACCGUGCCAUGGUCUGGCCUUUGUACUUCAACCCCUCCCGUCCCCGUCAUGAGAAUCCCCUUUUUUUUUUUUGCCUGAACUCCAUCGCUGAAACAUCUCAAAAUAUCCCAUGGCCGUUGCAUUACCGAUAGAAGGUUAUUCAAGACAUGUAAGGUCAAAUCAAUACUUGACUCUUCCCAA